AUGGAUACAGAAAGCUCUACUGAAAAUGUUCCUAAAACUAGCAAGACUGAUUUUACUGAACUACGAACACUCUAUAAUGAAGAAUGGAUGCAUUGUGAACCUAUACAAGAAGAAACUAAAAACCAUAUUUCUCCUUCUACUAAAUGUGAAGUUACCGUUCCGACGAUGACUGACUUGACUACGGUAGAUCCGGUAGAAAUUUCAAUAGAGCAAAUGGUACAGGCUCGGAAGUCUGGUUUGGCCAAAGAUAUUGUUACGGGUCAAUUAUUGGGGACUGAAAGCUACAGUGUCAAAAACAAUAUUAAUAUAAACUCUUCUGAUGAGGAAGACCAAGACCCAUUUAAUAAUACAUAUAACCGGCGACUAGGAUUGAAUUCGAAAAUACAAACGAACCAAUUAUAG